GUUGACCGUAUAUAAGACGCAAUCAAAACAUUUUCUUAGUACAAUGCAAAGACCAAAGAGAUCUAAAAGCCGAUACAGGAUGCUAGAAGAGCGUGAUAUAUGUUAUAUGUUAUAUUUACUCUCUGCAAUAAUCUCAAUAAUAGUUAGAGUUGUAAUUCGAUAAUAUGUCGUCGUCUUCCUGUACAACAAAGUACGAUGUAUUCAUUAGCUUCAGAGGUGAGGACACCCGCGAAACCUUCACUGUCCAUCUGUUUAACGCUCUGGCAAACAAGACAAUCCGAGCAUACAUGGAUUGUCUUCUCCAGAGAGGAGAUGAAGUCUGGCCAGCACUCGAGAAAGCGAUCGAGAGCUCGCUAAUAUCGAUCGUGGUUUUCUCAGAAAACUACGCAACCUCGAAGUGGUGCUUGGAAGAGCUCGUCAAGAUUCUUCAAUGGAGGGAAUAUCACGGUCAGGUUGUUAUACCCGUUUUCUAUAGAACAGAUCCGUCAGAUAUACGGAACCAAAGUGGGAGUUUUGAGAAGGCGUUUGCUAAAUACGAAAGAGAUCUUGCAGAGAGUGAAUCCAAUAGAGACAAGAUAAGCAACUGGAGAGACGCUCUCAAGAAAUCAGCUAAUAUUUCUGGAUGGCACUCCAGAAACUAUGCGGACGAUCAUGAACUCAUCAGGAAGGUUGUGAAUGAUGUAUUGAAAAUGCGUAUACUAAAGCAUCCCAUAGUGCCAACAGGCCUGGUUGGAAUUGAAGAAAUCCGUAAGAUUGUUAAAGUCAACAUGAAGCAACACCGAGUAAUUGGAAUUUGGGGUAUGCGUGGGAUAGGGAAGACAACCAUCGCUAAAAUGUUAUUUGCAAAAUCCUUUCCUCAUUAUGACCAUGUUUGCUAUGCGGAAAAUGCAAAAGAGUAUACGCCGCAAAAGCUUUUGUCGGAGCUAUUGAGGGAACGAAUUACCACUGACGCAACAGGGUUUGUCAACAGUAUGAGCAGCCUUAGCAAUAAGAAAGUUCUCAUUAUCCUCGACAAUGUGAAGGAUUCUGAUCAACCAUUGUUAGAAGCAGUUUGCCAAGGGUACAAGAGCCACAGUCGAGAAAGUAAACUUAUUAUAACAACAACACAUAAGCAUUUGCUUGAAAAGAGAGUUGAUUGGACAUUUGAGGUCAAACAAUGGGACGACUCAAAAUCUAUAGAGCUUCUUAGCCUGAAAGCAUUCGAGGAAAGCAUCCCUCCAAAGCCUUAUGAGAUUCUGGUGAAUAAGGUUGUUAAGUAUGCCGGGGGAAUUCCGUUAGCUCUGAACCUUUUGGGUUCAUAUCUUCGAUCCAAAAGCAUUCAGUUCUGGGAAAGUACUUUGGAAAAGCUCCAGAAGCAUCCUAUUAAGCGCAUUCAGGCUGCCUUUACGGAGAGCUAUGAUGAAUUGGACGAGUUAGACAAGGAGAUAUUUCUUGACAUUGCAUUCUUUUUCCAUGGAGAAAAGAAAGAUCUUGUCACAAGCAUAUUAAAAGCAUGUGAAUUCUCACCAAUAAGGGGAAUAGAGAUCCUUCAAGAUAAAGCAAUGAUUACUACUAUUCCAUAUAAAGAAACAAUCGAAAUGCAUGGCUUACUAAGAGAAAUGGCUUACGAGAUCGUACACGAGGAAAACAGUAAAGACCCUAGAAAACGUAGCCGAUUGAAGGAUACUGAAGACAUUUGUGUUGUACUCAAAGAGAACAAGAAAUCGCUUGAUGCAAUUGAAGGCAUAAUAUUAGAUUUGUCUCAAAUUAAAGACUUGCGUUUGAGUCGUGACACAUUUAAAAGGAUGAAUAACUUGAGAUUUCUAAAAUUAUACAUCCCCUCGGGUCAGAGUUCUGGUAAUAUGAUCCUUCCUACAGACCUUGAACCGUUUUCUGAUAAACUAAGGUACUUUGAGUGGCAUCAGUACCCUUUCAUUUCUCUUCCACCAAGUUUUUAUGCUAAGUUACUUGUUGAGAUUCGCAUGCCGCACAGCCAUGUCAAGAAACUCUGGGAGGAAAAGCAGGAACUUAAUAAUUUAGAAGGAAUCGACUUAAGUGAAUGCAAAGAGUUAGAAGAGCUUCCAGAUUUGUCUGGGGCUAAAAGACUCAGAUGGGUGAAUCUCUCCGGUUGUGAGACUUUGCCUAUUCUUCAUUCAUCUGUAUUUUCCUCCAACACACUUGUUUCUUUGAUACUGGAUCGGUGUACGAAUUUGCAGUGUGUUAAGGCCGAAAGGCAUUUGAAUUCUCUGCAGCACAUAAGUGUCAAAGGCUGCUCAAAUCUCAAAGAAUUUGUGGUAUCGUCAGAUUUAAUUGAAAACUUGGAUUUGAGCAACACAAAGGUUGAAAAGCUGGACAAAUCAAUCGAGAAAUUACAGAAGGUUGAAUGCCUCAAUCUAGAAGGUUCAAGAGUUAAGCAUCUUCCAAAGGAGCUAUCAGCCUUAAAAAUGCUUAAGGAGUUGAAGCAUUCAUACAGUGGACUAGAAAUUGACAAGCAUCAGCUGCAAGGCCUAUUUAACGGUUUAUCAUCUCUACAAAUACUACAUUUGAAGGAUUGUAGUCACUUGUUUGAAUUCCCUGACAACAUUGGUUCCUUAUCGAAAUUGCGCGAGUUAAGGCUAGACGGAAGCAAUGUGACCUGGUUGCCUGCAACCAUCAAGUGUCUUCAAGAGUUGGAAAUUUUGUCCCUAAAUAAUUGCAAGUUUCUUGAGACACUGCCAGAGCUUCCAUCCUCUAUCAAGGAGUUCUCUGCUGAUAACUGCAUCUCAUUGGAGUCUGUAUCAGCUCUAAACACUCUGGCAACAAAGAUGGUGGGAAAGACGAAACGCAUCUCCUUCAAUAAUAGCUUGAAAUUGUCGGCUGGACACACAUUGCAUUCGAUCAUGGAAAGCAUCCAUUCAACAAUGGUGAGUGCUGUAUCUAGCAAUGUCACGGUAAGAAGCUAUGCAAUUGAUGUCCAUAGCUACAACUACAAUAGUGUGGAGGUCUGUUUGCCAGGAGACACAAUCCCGGAGCAAUUUGCAUAUAAAACGGAGAAAUCCUCCUCCAUAACAAUUGAACUCCCUGAAUCUCCUUCCAAUUUUCUUGGCUUUAUCUAUUCAGUUGUUCUUUCACCGCGUCAUGGAAUGGAGAAGCACGGUGCCAAGAUCCGAUGCGAAUAUAACUUUGCAGGAGGCAAGAAUUCUUCGUGGGAGGACAUAACUAUAAGUGAAUUGAACUCGGAUCAUGUAUAUAUAUGGUAUGAUCCAUUCCUCACUGACAAAAUUCUUGGACAAUACGGGCCAAGUUUUCAUCUUGAGUUCAGUGUUGCAACUGACACGGGGGAAGUUGAUGACUCAAUUAUUAUCAAAGAGUGUGGUGUCCACAUCAUAAAUGAAUUAGAAUUGCAGAGAUUUUUACUGGAAUUAGAUAAGAAGAAAAAAGACAUGGAGGAGGAAUCAUCAGCGCAGCAUUUACACUUUCAUCCACAACAUGGAUCUCAAGAUCACAGCCAUGUCCAGACUCCACCUCAAGACAAGAAGAAAGAAAGAUUUGAUGAGAAGCAGAGCAAUGAGAUCGAAAACCAGAUAUCAAAGCAAAAAGGAGAAAUGAAUGAACAAUCAUCUUUUGAUCGGAAAAUCGAAGAGAAGAUGGAAUCUGCUCCCAAUGAAAACAAGACUAGUGGUGGAAAAAGUGAUGAGGAGAACAUAAUCAAAGGCAAAGGAAAUGAAGAAACACCAACUGAACCUGAUGCUGCAUUGCCUCUAUGUAUUGAUUCAGUUAAAAACAAUGUUUUCCAGGACAUUUCAAAUGAAAAUUAUUAUGAUCAGCCAGAUAGUAUGGAAGAGGCCAAACAUUUGGAAGAAAAACUACAAGAAGUUCAUCAUAACGUCCAUGAUAUGACUGCUGAUGAACCAUGCAAAGAAAAGCAAGGGGAACCAAUGGAUCUUGAAACAUCUGAAUCUCAAUACCACACUAGCAAUGUAGAACAAACGAUUGAGCUUGCUCAACCCAUUAAUUCCUGCAUACCUCCACACGGCAAGAAGAGGGCUCCUAAGUUGACUGUGAAAGAACUCCGCCGUCACUCGAGGAAGGUAGACAAGAAGGCAAAAGUUGAAGGCAACCCUGCAAGAGCAACUCAAGCUACAAAUUUAGCCAUGGAAACUUCGGAUUUUUCCCGUUCGAAUAUUAAAGGCAAAAGAGUAGAAGAUAUCCAUUUGAAACAGGUUCCAGCUCAAAAUGCUUCUACUUUUAUUGCACAAACUCAUGAUAAAAUUACUAUUCCCUCCUUGGAUGAUCCUGAAGUUGCUCUGGAGUUGCUAAAACACUUCGAUGCAUCAGCGAAACGCCUCCAAAUAACAGAGUUUGUGGACAAUCAUGUUCUGUAUCCAUAUGAUCAUUCUAUAACAAAAGACCUUGAUGUUUCGGCACUUUGUCGUUGGCUUCAAGUUCAAGGGCUUCGUUCAGUGAGCGUUGCGAGAUACGCAGAGAUGAAGUUCGAAGCGGCCAAACGGGAAAGAGAGGAAGAAUUAAGACUUGCAAGAGAAGAAAAUGCAAAGUUUGAAGAAGCAUUGAAAAGAAUGGAGGACAGGAUUUCACAUGUUGAAUCGUUGGAGAAAAGAGUCGAGGAUUUGAAUUCUGAGGUGGCUUCUUGGAGAAGUAAAUAUGAAGAAACUGAAAAGUCGCUGAAAGAAACCGAAAAGAAACUUGAAGAUGAGAAAGAUGUAGGAGCUGAGAAAGAAACUUGUUGGAAAAGAAGAGAGAGUGAGCUGAUAACGGAAGCGGCAACUUGCUCGUUUGAAAAUUGCAGAUGGCAGGUUUCCAUUUUAUACCCUGACAUUGAUUUAAGUAGGCUUGGACCUUUUAAGGAGAUUCACAAUGGGCAGAUAGUAUCCCCAUCUGAUACGGAUGAGACUGAAAGUGAAGAAGACACUAGGGCCUUUGAAGAUGCUGCUCAUGGCGAUGCCGGUGUCUAGUAAAUUACUAUUUUGGUUCAAAAGUUUAAAUUUUAACAAUAAUCUUUGAAGUGAAAAAUAAUAUUUUCGCCUUUCUAAAAAAAAUUUUCAAUUCGACAAAAUACAU